UGACGUCAUACAUUGCUGAGACCAAUAGGUCCAAAGUCCACCGAAGCACCGAAGGCCUGCAACAAGUCCACCAACAAAUCGCUACUCAUUUUCACGAUAAUCCCUUAUCUCGUUGAAAGUUGAGAAUCUCGAACGAGACGUAUCAACGGUAUACUCCCAGACUUAUACUCCGUAAAUAAGUAUAACUAUUAAAGCGUCAAUUGGAAAAAUUAAUGAUGGCUGGAAUUGUUGCUAAACAUCUUCCUCGCUACAAUAAUACUGUGCCUCAAGCUACUGUUAUCUGGAAUACAUUAUACUUCAAUAAAAAAAAUUAUGCAACUGCAUCAAAGCCUUCUUCAGGAAAGAAAAAUAUUGUAUAUAUUGAUGGAGUGAGAACUCCAUUUUUAAUGGCGUACACUGAUUACAGCAAACUUAUUGCUCACGAUCUUGCUAGAGAGAGUCUCGUUAAUCUUCAAAAGAAAACUAGUAUUCCAAAAGAAGCUAUAGACUAUGUAGUGUACGGUACUGUAAUUCAAGAAGUAAAGACUUCCAACAUUGCCCGAGAAGCUUUAUUGGCUGCUGGAUACAGUGAGCACACUCCAGGUCAUACAGUCACAAUGGCUUGCAUAAGCAGUAACAUGGCUAUAACCACUGGUGUUGGAUUAAUAAACUCUGGAGUAUACGAUACAAUUGUUGCUGGUGGCGUUGAAUUCAUGUCUGAUGUUCCAAUUAGGCACAGUAGAGCAAUGAGAUCAUUAAUGCUCAAAGCAAAUAAGGCCAAGACACCAAUGCAAAAGCUUGGAUUGCUUGCUUCUAUCAGAGGAAAGCACUUUGUCCCAGAUUUGCCAGCUGUAGCUGAAUUCUCUACUAAUGAGACUAUGGGACACAGUGGAGAUAGACUUGCUGCAGCAUUCAAUGUAUCAAGAGAGGAGCAAGAUGACUAUGCUUUGCGCUCACAUACACUUGCAGCCCAAGCCCAUCAAAAUGGACAUUUAACAGAUAUGAUACCCAUAGUCGUUCCAGGUGUUAAAGAAGCUGUUAGCAAAGACAAUGGUGUUCGUGUAUCAACAAAAGAAACACUUGCCAAAUUGAAGCCUGCUUUUGUAAAGCCAUAUGGUACAGUCACUGCUGCUAAUGCUUCUUUCCUUUCUGAUGGUGCUUCAGCAGGUUUAAUUAUGACAGAAGAAAAAGCCAAGCAGUUAGGAUUGAAACCAAAAGCUUAUAUUAGGGAAUUCACUUAUGUUUCCCAGGAUCCAAAAGAUCAACUUCUGUUGGGACCUGCAUAUGCUAUCCCAAAAGUUUUAGACAAAGCUGGUCUAACUUUGAAAGAUAUUGGUGUAUGGGAAGUACAUGAAGCUUUUGCAGCCCAAAUUUUAGCUAAUUUGAAAGCCUUAGAUUCUGAUUUUUUUGCCCAAAAGUAUCUAAAUCGCUCUCAGAAAGUUGGCGUUCCUGAUUUGGCAAAAUGGAAUUCAUGGGGAGGUUCUCUCUCUAUUGGCCAUCCUUUUGCUGCAACUGGUAUCAGGUUAACUACUCAUGCAGCUAACAGAAUGAUUAAAGAGAAUCAACAAUUCAGUUUGAUUGCAGCAUGUGCAGCUGGUGGACAGGGUGUUGGAAUGAUUUUGGAGAGGCAUCCAGAUGCAAAACUAUAAGGUGUAAAAUUAGGUGAUUAAAGUGGAAAUCAUGGUACUUUGUUAUUAUAGUAUAAAGAAUUGAAGAUCUAACAUUCUACAUAUAAUUGAUACCAGCAAGUUGUAUUCGCUUUUUGAUUUUUUACACAAUUUAUAUAUAUUUUUAUAAAAAAUUUGAGCAAGAAUUUUAUAUC